AUUCCCUUUCGUGAUUUCAUAAUAUUUUAUUCCGCUGAAACUUGAAAUAAAAUUCCCAUAGUUUAAGGAAACAUCUAACUAUAAUGGUAUUACUAGGCUUCGCAAAUUCAAAAACGUGUUGUAAAAAGUGUUAGAAUAAAUUUUCAGUUCGUGUUUUGAUGUGCGUGGUGUAGGUUAGUUACUGAAGAAUGAAAGUCGACCGGUAUAUAAGUCCCCGCGCGAGCGGCGACAAGCUUAUUUCGAGCCAGCCUACGAUGUCGGAGGUUGCUAACGGCUCGCCACUCAACGAUAACUGUUUGGUCGAUAUGGACGCAUGCUAUGACACCUUCGACAAGGAUAGAGACGGCAAGCUGAAUCUCCAAGAGUUCCGCGUGAUCUGCAAAGCCCUCUUCCGCAACGACAAGGGCCACAUCUACCCGCUCUCUGAAGAAAGGGCGCGGCACAUCUUCCAGGUCUUCGACAAAAAUGGCGACGGGUUCAUCGACAAGGAGGAGUUCACGUUCUGCUGGAACCAUUGGAUCAAAGUAAUCGUGCGGCCGGUGAGCGCUUUCCUCGUGGUCGACGUACAGAAUGACUUCAUCUCGGGAACGCUGAAUAUCAGCAAGUGCAACGCGCAGCAAGAUGGUAGCGAGGUCGUAGAGCCCAUUAACCGACUUCUGGACACCAUCCCGUUCGACUGUGUGUUUUAUUCUCUCGACUGGCAUCCCCCGGACCACGUGUCCUUCAUCGACAACGUGCACCUACGAGAGCUUCACGUCUCCAGCCCUGUUUCAGCAGACAAAGCCGCUGCCCACGAUACAGUGGUGUUCGCUGGGCCGCCUCCGAUGCGGCAGAGGCUGUGGCCGCGACACUGCGUCCAGGAUACCUGGGGCGCUGAGCUACAUCCUGAUUUGAAGGUGGUGGACGGAGCCGUGAAGGUGUACAAGGGUACCAACCCCGAGGUGGAUUCGUAUUCCGUGUUCUGGGACAACAAGAAACUGAGCGACACCACUCUCUCGCACGAGCUGCGCGCGCGCGGCGCCACCGACAUCUACAUCUGCGGGCUCGCGUACGACGUGUGCGUCGGCGCAACAAUCGCUGACGCUUUAGCGAUCGGGUACCGCGCCAUCCUGAUAGACGACGCGUCCCGCGGCGUCGACCUCGCCGACAUCGAGAAAACUAAAAACACCAUCAUCAACAAUAACGGCGUCAUCGUCAAUUCAGACCAGGUGGCAGCAAUGGUGGACGGUCGCGACCGACGGCCCGAGCUCGGCUACAAGCUCGCCAUGGAGCUCAAAUCCGCGCUGCACGACCAACCGCAACAAUGAACCUUACGCGCACCGCACAGAGUCCACUUUACCACGCCUACUUAUUUUUAGGUUAGAUGUGAUCUUGUCAUUUAGUUUUGCACCUUAUGUGUUUGGAAUAAGGUUAAUUGUGAUUUGUUUUUUCAAAACCAUGCAACUGUCUAACUGACAUUGCCAAUACUGAAACUGAAUCCGCGCUGCACGACCAGCCGCAACAAUGAACCUUACGCGCACCGCACAGAGUCCACUUUACCACGUCUACUUAUUUUUAGGUUAGAUGUGAUCUUGUCAUUUAGUUUUGCACCUUAUGUGUUUGGAAUAAGGUUAAUUGUGAUUUGUUUUUUCAAAACCAUGCAACUGUCUAACUGACAUUGCCAAUACUGAAACUGAAUCCGCGCUGCACGACCAGCCGCAACAAUGAACCUUACGCGCACCGCACAGAGUCCACUUUACCACGUCUACUUAUUUUUAGGUUAGAUGUGAUCGUGUCAUUUAGUUUUGCACCUUAUGUGUUUGGAAUAAGGUUAAUUGUGAUUUGUUUUUUCAAAACCAUGCAA